CCUUUCCUUUAGUUUGUGUUGCCUCCGAGUUUGAACUCGAGGCGUUGCUCGCGUGUAAUAUUGAUUGACUUAGGCCUCGCUUUUUCUGGGCGAAAGAAGCGAAGCGCGCUGCGUGUGUGAGCAGCAUUGUUCAUCAUCUUGACCAUUGCUGCGGGUCUGCAUCGGGACAUAUAAGACCGCAUUGGAAGGCGACACAAUGGCAGCACCAACGCGGUUCGUCGCCCUGCCGCGCACACCAUCGCCUAAGAUCCGGAUCCACCGCUCGCAGUCCUUCGACUCGCCCUCGUCCCGCAUCUCCGUCACCCCCAUCGACGACUCGCCCUAUUCCAAGUCCACGAGCGCAAUCUCGAAGCCGCUCCCAAGGUACGAUGCCCUGGGCGCCACGGAACACGCCAUAACAGCUCGCAAGCCAAUUGUUCUACACACCAAGAUGAGCGACGAGAGUAUGCUGUCCAGCGCCUCGUCAUCGGCUUCCAGCUCCCCGACCUCAGACAACGAGGCAUUCGGUCUGUUCUCCGGGUCACCGACCGCGCCGUCCCCUGUGCCGGCCACAACGCACGCGCGCCCCCAGCGUAGGGCGCGCCCUGCCCACGUAAACACUAAGCCAGAUAUCAUGCCUGCUCCGCCAGAGAUCCUUUCUUCCUCGCUGGCACUGUCAAUAUACCAGGAUCCGACCGUGCCGAUGUAUGACCCCUGGCUGGUACGCGUAGUGCUCGACAUGUAUGACAUCCGUGGCUUUGACUGGAUGAUGAUUGCGGAGCCCAUUGAGAGGAUCUGGGGCUUCAAGACGAGUAGUGCGGAGGUGCUGGGUAUUCUGAGUAACAAUGGAAGAGUCGGGAGAAGAUGGUGGGACUGAGCAACAUUGCACCUGGGCGAUAAGGCGACGGGAUGAUUGCAUUGCAUAUGGUGUUACUAUCGAUUGAGUACCGGGAAGACAUCGGGCAUGGUCUAGGAUAGGUUACAAGCAAGACGGUACGGAGUUUUUGCCAGGACGGAACGGCAACGGGAACGUGCGUGAGUGGUGCUUAGUGCUUUAUUUCCUUUGGCGUUUGGUGGGUUUGGGCUCGCAUGUUGCGCUGAUUUCCUUUCUUCUCGCAUCUCGUUAUCUUUGCUGCCUUCCUGUCCAAUUUUUGUCUCCUGCAUUUACUGGAUAUGACUAACGACCUCACGACUCAACGACGGGAAGGAUGUGGAUGACUGGUACAUCAUCACGAGUAACGAUUAAUGUUCAUAGGAAUUGGC